GAACUACUACGGCAAUUGGUGCAGUACUGCGACUUUGUGUGAGAGAAUUCUGACGGGAGUGUUCGAAUACAACAACUAGUAACACUUAUUUAAACGUUUAUUUUCAAGAUAUUUUGUUGAAAAACUACAAAUCAAAGAUGCAGCGAAGAUAUUCUGUGAUAGCGUUUAUUGGUAUCCAUGUGUUUUUAAGUUUGUGUGCAAUUAAAACUACAAAUUGUUUUGUCACAAAUGAUGUUACCGUUAGGGCCGGUAAUACAUCUCUUCCAAUAAUAAUAUGGCAUGGCAUGGGAGACAGUUGUUGUAAUCCAUUAAGUAUGGGAUCCAUUAAAAAAUUCCUGGAGAAGAACGUUCCUGGUGUGUACGUGAAUUCACUUAUGAUUGGAAACAACAUCAUAGAAGACACAGAAAAUGGUUUCUUUAUGAAUUCAAAUAAACAGGUAAAGUUGGUUUGUGAAAAGCUGAUGUCUGACACAAAGUUGAAGAAUGGCUACAAUGCAAUAGGUUUUUCACAGGGAGGUCAGUUUCUGAGGGCUGUUGCUCAAAGGUGUCCGACACCUCCAAUGGUUAAUCUCAUAACAUUUGGUGGUCAGCAUCAAGGAGUAUAUGGUUUUCCUCGAUGUCCAGGGGACAACUCCACAAUUUGCGAUUACAUUAGAAAACUGCUGAACUAUGGUGCAUAUAUUGGUUGGAUCCAGUCUUCCCUUGCUCAAGCCCAGUAUUGGCAUGAUCCUCUUAAUGAAGAAGAGUAUAAGGAAAAGAGUAUUUUUUUGGCAGACAUUAACAAUGAAAACAGUAAGAAUGAGACAUAUAAGAAAAACUUAAUGAAAUUAAAGAACUUUGUGAUGGUCAAAUUUUCACAGGAUACUAUGGUUGAUCCAAAAGACACUGAAUGGUUUGGAUUUUAUUAUCCAGGGCAAGGAAAAAAUACUUUCACUUUGCAGAACAGUACUCUGUAUAAAGAAGACUGGUUGGGCUUGAAGCUGAUGGACAAAGCUGGAAAACUUCAUUUUCUAGAAACAAAAGGUGAUCAUCUUGAGAUUGAUUUGGAUUGGUUUUCAAAAAAUAUUAUUAGCAAGUUUCUCCUGUAAACACAUAAAACUUAAGAAAAAGGGGCUUUCAAACUUGCUUAUUUGCCCAUCACAAAAGAAAAUUAUUUUGCAAUUUGUCUAUUGGCCAAUAUUUAAUGUUGUACACAAGUCUAUACUGAAUUGUGAAAAAAUGUGUCUAUAUAUAACGAUAUAUUUUGAAUAUCUUACUGGCCUUUUGAGUUCUGGAUUAUUCUAUUUACAUGUAUUCUGUAGAUUUAUUAUUGUACAGUAAAGUAAAAAAAGUUUGAGUAUCUGACAGUUUUUCAUUAUAUAUACAUUUAAUUUUUGCUUGAUAGAUAUUGCUUCAUGUAAAUGAUUUCUUUCAUACAGGUAUGCAUAUCUAUCUUUGAUGUUGUUGUAAUCCUAAUCUAAAAUAAAAGAUAAAUUGCAUGUACAAUAUACAAAUGAAAAUUAAUGUUUUAAUCAGGUGUGAUAUGUAAAUGAUUUGUUGAUUUAUUCCAUGCAAAAUUCAUUUUUAAUUUGAAGACUAAUGACAGUAAUGUUUAGACCCCUGUACAGCUAAUCCAUAUGAAAAUGAAAGUUGAUUGACUUAGCUUUUUAUCACAAGGCAGGUUUGUUUAAAAUGAUGUUUUUUUAAUAAAGAUUUUUAAAUACUGUU